GCCGCUCCAUGUAAUUAGCGGCCAGGCAUCACCGACAAAACCCCAACACAAUAAAAAAAACCACCAUGGGGCCCCGGCCAGCCAACGCGCAGCAGCGCCUGGGCUUCGUCGUGGCCGCGGCGGCGUUGUUGUCCGCCGCCAGCCUUCUCCCUCUCGCGUCCGCGAAGGGCAAAGGCGGCGGGCACGGGGUGAACCCACAGGUGGCCGGCAUCUGCUCCCACACCCCGUUCCCGAACGUGUGCAAGUGCACGGCGGGGCGGCACGCGGCCAAGUACCCGGUGAUCGACGCCCAGGCGGUGCUCAACAUGCAGGUGGACGCGUUCGCCCGGCGGACGGCGCAGGCGCGGAAGCACGUGGCCAAGUCGUCCCGCAAGGGCACCCCGGCGCAGACGCAGGCGCUGAGCUUCUGCGACACCAUGUACAUGAACACCCAGGACACCAUCGGGGCGGCGCAGCGGGCCAUCUCCUUCAAGGACAAGGGCACGGCCAAGAUCAUGCUCCAGCUCGCCGUGCAGGACUUCCAGUCGUGCGACCGGCCGUUCCAGCUCGCCGCCAUACCAAACCCCAUGUUGAAGUACGACCAGCAGCUCAACCAGAUGGCCAACAACUGCAUGGCGCUGGCCAACAUGAUGUGAUGUGAUUAUCCCAAGGCUAAUGCAUGGAUGGAUAUUUGGCCAUGGUGGCAUCCCAAAGCUAAUGCAUGCGUGGAUUAUAUGCAAGGACUCGAGUUUUUCUAUUCUGUUAUUGCAGAAGAUCGAUAUCGUUUACUAUUAUUUGUACGUUUUUUUCUUCUUCACAAAGUUUAUAUUCGAGUAUAUGUAACACCAGCGUGAUGGCUUGCGCAUUUGCGCGUCUAGCUUCUUAAUUUGUUGUUAAAAGUAUAACUAUUAUUUGAAA